UAAAACAGUUAAAUAACUGCUUGUGGAAAAAUCAAAAUAUGGGAAUUGAGUAAAACUAUUCAUUACCUGUAUCUUGGAACCUUCUACGAUGGCGCCAUCUAUAAGUGCAGACAAGUAAACAAUUACCCCGGCAACAUUUUCUUUUGCAGUUACGUUAUCGAUUUAGUCUUAAAAUUGAACCUUAUGUCUAACACCUAAGCCGAUAAUUUCCACAAAGUUUAGCACAACCUAACUUUGUGCAUGGUCUACUUCAGUCGAGUGAUCAUAACCUCCUAAACAAUUUUCAUGUGAAUUACUUGUGUAUCGUAUUUUCUGGUGCAAUAGGUGAUUACAAUUAAGCAAGGCUUUGUGCUAACUGGUUAAUUUAGGUUUGGCCUGCUGUUUGUGUAUUUUUUUAUUGUUUUAAAAUGCUUCUUCGUUUUGUGUAAAAAAAAACACGGACAUGUAGCCUGUUAAGCGUGCGGGAGUGUCAAAGAUUUGGUACAUGACUAUGUAAAAAAUCAAAAUGAGUACAAAAAGUGUGAAAAAGUGUAAACAUCCAAAAAAGAUGAAAUCUUCUAAACCCAGUGCAAAGCCAGAGGUGUUUGUGUUACCUCCAGAUAUAUUGAAACAGCUUGGCAUUAGUAUUGGCCUAGGUAAUGUUACUGUGAACCCGGAAACCAUCCCUACACCACCUAAAAUUGUACCAAAUUCUGAUGUUGUUAACUAUGAAAACAUCAAUAAAAUUACUACUUCAUGUAAUAGCAGGGAUACCUCUGAGUCUUCUAUUUUGGAAACAGCUAACUUAAUGAAAAAGUCUGUUUUCUUGAGUCCAACUUUUGUUCCGACUGUGUCAAAUGCAAUAUCAGGAGAAAUACAAUUAGUUUGUAAUAACAAUGUACGCAGUUCAGAGGCUGUUGAAACAGAAUUAGUAGAUACUCAUAAUGUUCUUGAACCUGUUGAUAGCACUGAAAUUGGCAAUGCCCUCCCUGCAGUAAAUAACAUGGAAAAUGUUAGUUUAAUUCAAGAUCAAAUUAAGUUAACAGGUGACUUUACUGUAAAUGAGGUUUUUCCACCAGUUUCAAAUGGUUGUACAUAUGAAGAUGCUGAAACUUUUAAUGACGAUGACAUGCAAAUUGAAAAUAGCAUACCAUCACAAAUUAUAAUUGGUGACGAAAGCAAUGUCGUUGAUUUAUUUGCAGCUAGCAGUAAUAAUAAUGUUAUAUCUACAGAUGAUCCAAAUGUCCAACUGCAUAUUUUUGACAAAAAUGAAAUUUCUGAUAUAAUUAAAAAAAGUAACACUAAAAUAAAUAUUAUAUCAGACGAGUCCAUUACAAUAUCAAAACCCGAAGAUAUACAAUUACAGUCUUCGCAGGACCUUUCUCCAGUACCAGUUAAUACUGUAGUAGCUACUCAAAAAGUUAAUAAAAAUAAAAUAUUAAUGCCACAUGAUACAACUGAAAUACAUCUAGUUUUAACUGAAGAUAAUACUGAACAUGAAAGCAGAGAACCAAAUAAAAUAGACAGGGAAACAAAUCAAAAUAAUAAUAAUUUACAUAUAGAAAAGGAAUAUGAUAUGGCGCCUUUAGAAGCAACAAAACAACUCGAUCAUACAAUAAAUGUGUUCAAAGGUAAUACAUUGGAUAAUAUGGAUAUAUGUAUGGAAGGUGAUCAAACACAAGUUCUUCAACAUUCCCCAAGAGAAGUAGAAGUUAAUCCUGAAACAUGCCAUUCUGAAAACCUAAUUAAUGGUGAUAACACUUUAAUAGAAAGCAAAGGCCAAUUAGAAGUUAGUGAGGAGAAACAUAACGAGAGUGAAUCAAUACAAGUUCCAAAAAGUGAUCCUGAAUCAAAUAACAACAAAUCACCGAAUAAUACAGAAAUAGCUAACCAUGAUAAAAUUAGUGAUAAAAGUCAAAGUAGUUCCAUGAAGGAAUCCAUUGAAAAGGCUGAAGGGAAAUGUAAUUUAGAGUCACAAAAUAAUAGGAAUCAAAAUUCCAAAAAACAUAAAAUCAAAAAUGCCAAAAGUAAGAAUAAGUCUAAAAGUGGUGUUGAUAGUGAUCGAAAUAAGAGUAAAAGUAGUUCGGAUGAACAUAAUAAUUUGCCCAUUAAAGACGUAAUAGAAAAACCACUACCAAACGAAAACUCAGUCAGUAUAAGUGAUGGAAACCCAACCAUAAUUACUCAAGCCGAUAAAGUUAAGGAGAUAGCAGCAUACUUAAGAAAGCUUUCUCAUAUUUACACUGACAAAAAAAAAGCGAAAACUCAAUUAGCUAAUGAUACGACUAUAAAGGAGACUAUACAAUCUAAUACCAAUAUGAUCAAAUCUAAAUUAUGUAUUCAAGGUGUUGAAAAACCUGGUGGAAAAAGUGUUUCAAAGGGAGCCCGCGAUGAGUCUAAAACCAUUAAGACCUAUGCUAGGAGUAACAAACAAAAACCAUUGAUUAAAAAUACUAAAGCUUUGAGAAACAUUGAAAAAUGUGUCGUUGUUCAGGCAUCAGAUCAAGAACUGAAUAUUGUAGACAUUUCUAAACCUUGUAUUACACAAGAAUUUUGUAUAUGCCAUGAUUUUGGUCGCAUGUCUUACUGUGACCAUGGUGAUGACUGUGAGCAUGUGCAUUUUGCAAAUAUUACUACAAAUUCUAAUUUAGAUUUAAUAUUUUCCAUAUACAGUGAUGAGGUACUUGUAAAUAAUAAUGUUGAAGUUGAAAUAAUAGAAGAACAAAAGACUGAAGAAAUUGUAGAAACUCAGAAUUUUUGUUGGAAUGUCUUUGAUAGUGAAGAUUUCGGCCUAGAUGAUAUAGAUCUUAACACUGCCGGAGAUAGACAGGACUUUUCCUGUGGCGUUAAAUCAAGUGGAGCCUCUGAUAAUGUUGAUUAUAUUAAAGGUAAAAAUAGUAGUGCUACAACUGAAACACUUGAUGAAGUUGAUGCGGCGAUAAUUAAUACGCCUAAAAGUACUGCAAAUAUAAAAGAUGCUAAGAGCUUAAAUGCUAAUAACAGCUCAGCUGUAAUUAGCGAUAACAAAAAAGAAUAUAAGAAAAAGGGUGGUGAUCGAAAGUCAUCUGAAACAUUACAGACUACUUCAGAAAGUAAGGACUCGGAUUCAGAAGAUGUUAGUUUAAAGGUUCUCAAAAUUGCCAAGGAUAAUAAAAAAGAAAAGAAUUCAUCUAAAGCUAAAGAAAAUGCUUCCAAUGAAAGUCAGAAUAAAGAAACUAAAAAUAACUCAGAGAAGUCAAAGGAGAAAGAAAAACAAGUUAGUCAAGAGUCAACCAAAGUGAAAGAAAAUAAGGCCCAGAAACGGCGUUUGUCAGAUAAAUCGUCAUCUUUGACGCGACGGAUGAGCAGUGAGCCUUCUCACAAAAAAAAUAUUAAAUGUGCCUUAUGCAAUAAUCUCUUUAGCGAAGAGGAAUGGGGGCACCAUGUUGCUACUCAGCACCAACACAUAGCGUGGAAAGCUGGUCAAUCUAUUGACUUGGACAAUCCAGAGUUAUUGAACAAAUUGAGUAAACAGUUGAAAAAACGUGGUUUUUUGGAGUGUCCUAUAUGCGCGACGGAGAAAAAGAAAUUGAAAUCAUUUAUUAUACAUGUCAAAAGCUGUAUUGAAGAAAAGGCUGCAAGCACUAACUCAAAAGACAAAGGUACUCGCAGACAGAGAUUAGAGGUGUUUGAAGAGGUCACAUGCGGCGUGUGUCAGCAAAGUGUUCCGGAAGAGAAUUGGCUUGAACAUAUAGGAAAGGAACAUAAUUACUUGUCAUGGAAAGACGGACAAGAUGAACCCUGGGAUGUAGAAGAUGAAGCUCUCGUUUCUCAGCACUUACUAAAUAUCGUCAGAGGAAACGUGAAUUUGAUUUGUUACAAGUGUGGACUGCAACGUAGACGUGUCAAGAUGUACUUGUCGCAUAUCAAAUCGUGUGAUGGCACUCGGAUGAGCGUGGAUGAUUCUAUGAGCGUUGACCCGAACACAAGCAGUAUUGAAAUUGAAAUAGUAGAAUCUAAGACAGUGCAAUGUGGAGUUUGUAAGCAGGAUAUGCCAACUCUAAAAUGGAUGGAACACAUAGCCAAGGAACACAAUUAUUUGGCUUGGCAGGAAGGAGAUACACCGGUGGACUUGGAGGACGAGGAAGCUGUAUGGAAACAUUUGUUGCAAAUUAUCAGAGAUUAUGGAUGCUUAAUAUGUCACAAAUGUGGCUUGAGUCGCAAACGCGUUAAAUUAUAUUUGACUCAUAUUGAGACGUGUGACGGUACUGGGGUUUCCUUGGAAGACUCCUAUGCCAGUGAGUUUAAUGCAAGCAAUGUGGGGUCUUCAGAGUUGAACAAAGAUAAAGAUGUGGAAUGCGGUGUAUGCCAUAAGACUAUGCCCGCCUCGGACUGGGUCGACCAUAUAUGCAAAAAUCAUAACUAUUUGGCGUGGAAAGUUGGAGAGCCUCCUUUGGAUGUAGAUAAUGAAGAAGCAAUUUGGAAUCAUCUGCAGCAAUACAUUAGAUCUAGUGACGGAUUGAUUUGUCAUAAAUGUGGUUUACAACGCCGGCGAGUUAAAUUGUAUCUGUCGCAUGUUACAACUUGUGAUGGUAGUGUGCCUGUGAGCGAUGUUUCAACAAACAACAUCAGUGUAGAUAACUCGAAUAAUCGUUAUUUCGAAGUACCUAUAGAAACGAAUGAGAAGAAGAAUAUGGAGUGUGGGGUGUGCAACGAGACAGUUCCUAUCUCGCAAUGGGUGUUACACAUCGGACAGAGGCAUAACUAUUUGGCAUGGCCGGCUGAAGGUACCCCUUUGGACCUAGAAGACGUAACAAUGUUGCGAAGUUAUCUGCUCAACGUUUCCAAACAAAUUGGAGGGCUGAUAUGCUACAUUUGCGGUAAAAAUAUAAAAUACUCAAAAACAUACCUGUCGCACGUAAAGGAAUGCACUGGAGUGUCGGUGGUCCCCGAAGACUCUACAUCAAACUGCUCUGCGGCCACUGCAGUGAAUAAGAAGGUUAUAAAAUCCGAGCCGGUUGUAUGUGGAGUUUGCGAGGCCACAGUUGAAGGCACGGACUGGUUGAAUCACAUGCACAAAGCGCAUCAGUACAUAGCCUGGAUAGAGGGAGAACCGCCCAUUGAUGCAAAUGAUCCUGAAAUGGUACAGCGUCACUUGUACGAUGUCUCCAAAAUGACGGGAGGUCUGAAGUGUCUAAAGUGCGGUGUCAGGCGGAAGUACGUCAAGACGUAUCUGCAGCACGUAGAGUCUUGUGAAGGCAGUGUGAACUCUUCGGAACUGCCUACUGCUUUGAUGAGUAAAGACGAACUGGAAUGUGCUCUAUGCGCCGCAAAGGUUGUACCCAAGGAUUGGCGGGACCACGCUAUGAAGCAACAUUAUAACGUUGCUUGGGUUGUUGGCGACCUUCCUAUUGACUUGAAUAGCCCAUACUUAGUUGAGGGUUACAUCAAGGAGUAUUUACGCAGAUUCAACAAAUUAGUUUGUAAAAAUUGUGGUGUUAGCAGAGUGUCGUGUGUAGGAUUCUACGCACAUAUAUUAACAUGCGGUAAAACUGAAGAGGAAACAGAGCAGUACAAAGCCACAUGUGAAAUAUGCAAUAACAAAUACUUGCGAAUCUACAAAAGUCAGCACAUGACUGUGCAUAGGGAGGCAGAAUACUCUGCGGAGCGAAAGUUGCUCCUCGCUAAAGAGAGAGAACUAAAACGACAAGAUGAAGACAAACCUGUUGAAGUUGUGUUUGGUCGCAGGAAGGCUGCAGAAAAGGCAAAGACGGUCAUAGAAAAGUAUAAGGACGCCCUGCAAGAGGGUGGAAACCAUUGCUCAAAAUGUGGAUUUAAUACUGAAGUUGAAGGCGAGCUCUUAAAACAUGUAUGUGUCGAUCAACAAUGGGGUGAAGUUAGUGACUCUGAUGAAUCUGUCAAAAUGGACAGUAGUUCUUGGGAGGAGUCUGAUGAAAGUGACGUCGAUUCUAAUAUAUCUGAGGAGGAAAGAGAGGCGUAUGAAGAGGAAAUCAAAAAGAAACGAUAUUCAGAUACUACUCCAUCCAAAGUUGUGCGUCUACCAUAUCAAGUUCGAAACCCCAACGCUUAUAUGAAACGAUGCGCAGAAGAAUAUGCUGCUAACUAUUUAACAGAUGAGGAUCUGUUUCCCCAGUGGCAUAGUUGCGAAUAUGAAGCUGUGCCUGAAAACGAAAUAGUGAAAUAUAUGCCUCCCGUCGAAGAGUCAUGUAAUGUGAGGAAUAGUGAAAGCCAAAGUUGGAAGACGUUAAAGAGAUUUGGAUCUGAAAGAGAUAAAGACACGCUAACCCUGUUCGUGGGCGCGUGUAUCCAGUGCAUGUCGUGGGUGCCGGGCGGGCGCGCGCAGUUCCUGUCGCUGGUGAGCCACCGCCACAGCGACGUGCCGCGCUACGCCUGGGACUCCAGCCACACCUCGCGCGGACUCGUGCAGAUAUGGGACUGCGGGGACUUUACACAGUAUACGCCAAAAUUUGUGCUUGGAUUAGCACAUGAUUACGGAACUUUUUGGGCCAUGGAUUGGUGCCCUUCUGGGGCUAGGGAUUUGGUCGAUUUCGUUCCUAAAGAAAAUCAAGUGCAAAGACUCGGGAUGUUUGCUGCGGCCUGCUCCAACGGCAAUGCGUAUAUAUUCUGCGUGCCAUAUCCUUCAACAAUCACUGAAAACGACAAGCUGUUCUAUAAAAUAAAGCCGGUUGUGGAACUGAGAUUGACAAUGAGCCGGGAUCGAAAAGAUUUUCAAGCCACUUCUAUCAAAUGGUCUGCACAAAAAGGUCAUUCGCACGUGGUUGUCGGUUACUCGGACGGUUGCACAGCGUUUUAUGACUUGAACGGUGACUCUCCAUUACUAAAGACAAUAGAAGGCAACAUCACCGUGUUCUACCCGUACCACGACGAACGCGUACAAAACUCCUGUAUAGAAGACGUGGACGUGUUCCCGCGCUCGGGCGCAAGCGCGGCGGGCGGCGGCGUGGUGUGCGGCGGCGGCGCGGGCGGCGCGGGCGCGGGCGCGCUGCAGUCGCACGUGGCCGCCUCGCGCCUGCUGUUCCCGCCGCACUGGCCCGCCGCGCUGCUGGCCGGGGACGACUGUCUCGUGAACCAGUCCAUCAACGAGCUGGAGUGGUACGGUAACGGGCGGCGGCUGGGCGGCGUGCGCUGCGCGGCGGGCUGCGCGUGGUGCGGGCGCGUGGCCGCCGCCGCGCUGCCGCUGCUGCGACUGCUGCGCCUGCAUCCAUGCUAUACGGAGCUGCACAAGCUGGUUAUUGGUACGAUUCAAAUGAUCCCGCUCGGUAGCAAGAGGAAGCGACAGAACGAUGAACUUGGCAUGACCGUGGAACCCAUCACGUAUAAUGAAGUCGUCAAAAAAUACGGGAUCGAGUUCAAGCCCAUUGCAACUAAGGAUAGGGCGACACAGCAGAAGCUAACAGCGAUGCCUCGAGAUACAUAUCCCGAACGUUUCCCGCUCUCUGACGUCACUUCCAUGAAAUUCUGUCCUACGCAGCAGUAUCAUGACAAGCUAGCCGUCGCACUGCAUGCCGGAUUCAUAUUUAUUACCACCACCUAGUAAAGGAUGCAAGAAAAUAGAGCUCGCAGAAUGCGAAUUAUGGAUAAAGUUCGUGGCAAAGGUGAAAGUCGUCUGUUUGUUAUGUCAUCGGCGGCGUGUGAUCCGUUUACCAGUUAUUUGUGUCGAAUUAUAUGAUAAACAUUUACAAAGAAUAUCACAAUAUAGAGGUGUAGACUUACUUAGAUAAG